CGACGAAGCACGGGCAGUCCCCGCGUCUCCCUCCUCGGGGCUGAAUGAUGAAGAUGGACUCGAAGAGUCUUCCUCCAUCUCGGAUCUUCAGGUCGUGGCUUCUCAUCUCGCUCCUCGCUCUCAGCGCCCUCGUCUUCUUCGUGAUAAACGUGUCCCUCAUCCUCCCUCCCUCACAUAAACCUCCCCGUCAAGUAAGGCCUGAACCAAGCCUCGGAAGCUCCACUCCAGAGCCACACGACAUUGAGAUGGACGACCUGCGACAAUUCCUCUGGUGGCCAAGCCUGCCUGCCACGCCCUCCUUCGACUUUGAGUCAUCCACCAGCCCCGCGGCCACAAGCUACCGGCUGCUGGGUGGGACACGCAACUUCACGGUGGGUGACACGCUGCACCUCACCGUGCAGGCCCGAGACCACCACGGCAGGGACAAGCGGCACGGCGGAGACUACUUUCGCAUCAAAGUCUACUCAGACACGCUCCGGGCGGGAGCAUUCGGCUCGGUGCUGGACCACGACAACGGCUCGUACACGGCGAGCGUCGUGCUGCCGUGGCCAGGCGAGGCCCUCGUGGACAUCAAGCUGGUUCACUCCAGUGAGGCCGUGCACAUCGUCAGCCGCCUGCGCGACUCGGCGCCCAACAAGAUCUACUUCACCGGCUACUUCGAGAAGGAAGGAGCGAGAGGCGAGGCCACCGAGUGCAACGCGGUGCCGCACUUAAUGAUUAAGUCCAAGAUGUGCGAGUUCAGAUACGCGGCUACGGGACACAUGUGGUUCUGCAAGAAGCCCAGGAAAUUGCCCUGUGACACCCUGCGAUUUCACUCACUCGGAGGACACAGAAACAUUCUCACAAAGCAGGAGAACCGGUUCUUCAGCAACAACGUAUCCAAGGUGAGAAUCAUUGGAGAUCCAAGCCAGAUUGAGGUGCAGCCGUCCCCAUCAUCGCAAAACCUCACAAAUGCCCUUGGACCAUGUGUGCCGGGCCACCCCGUGCCCUCCCCGAGCGGCUUCUACCUCAACGAUGAGUGGGUGUCGCUGUCCUGCAAGGCUCGGCCCUUCCCAGCCCUUCAAGACCUGGCCAAUUGCCUAAGCGGCAAGAGGUUUUACAUGUACGGGGACUCCACCAUUCGCCAGUGGUUCCUGCACCUCACCGCUAACGUGCCAGACAUGAAGUUCAUCGACAUCAACGCGCCCACGCUGCUGGGCCCACUCAUGUCGGCGAGCGUGGCUACCAAGUCGUUCCUGCUUUACCGCACGCAGGGCCUCCCCUUCCUCACACAGCGCGGGCCCGUGGCCGCCAUCCACUACGUGGCCAACGAGAUCGACGGCCUCCCCGGUGGAAAGGACACGGUGGUGGGGAUCAGCUUAUGGGCUCACUUCACGGGGUUCCCAGUGUCUCUCUACAUCGCUCGCAUGCGCGGCAUUCGCGCCGCGGUCGUCCGCCUGCUGAAUCGAGCCCCCGGCACGCUGGUCAUCUUCAAGUCGGCCAACACCAGCUACCACUCGCCCGACCAGUCCGAUUGGCUCAACCGUCAGCUCGACCAGAUCAUGCGUCGUCUCAUGGCGGGGUUGCCUGUCGUUAUUUUGGACGCCUGGGAAAUGACGGCGGCCCACCGUCUCCCGGACAACUUGCAUCCCGAGCCCGUCAUCAUCCAUAACGAGAUCAAGCUCAUCCUGGCCUAUGUGUGUCCCCAAUAGGGUUUCCGCUACCUGAGGUAGAAGAAAAUCGGCACAAAUCAUGGGAAGAUCGUCUCGCAAUACCAGAAUUGGGGAAAACUCAGUCUCAAUAAAUUUGUCUUGAGUGGUACAUCAAGUAAAGCCUCUUGUAUUUCUCAUUACAUAUCCU